CCUGGAGAGACUGGGUCGCAGAUGCUGCCUGAUGUUAAAAACUGAAGUGAUAAAAUAAGAUCAUCACUUUAAAGGAAAACUGUGUCUAUUACAAUGUCUACAAAAUCCUCACUGCUGAAAAUCAUUCUUCUGGGAGAUGGAGGAGUUGGAAAAAGUUCUCUCAUGAAUAGAUACGUCACUAAUAAGUUUGACACACAGUUAUUCCACACAAUAGGUGUUGAGUUCCUCAAUAAAGAGCUGGAAGUGGAUGGUCACAUGGUAACAAUGCAGAUCUGGGACACUGCAGGCCAGGAGCGCUUUAGGAGCCUGAGAACCCCCUUUUACAGGGGAUCCGAUUGCUGUUUACUCACAUUCAGUGUUGAUGAUUCUCAGAGUUUUCAAAACCUGACCAAUUGGAAAAAGGAAUUUAUAUUCUAUGCAGAUGUCAAAGACCCUGACAACUUUCCGCUUGUUGUCUUGGGAAACAAAAUAGACAUGACAGACCGCCAGGUGACAGUUGAAGAGGCCCAAGCCUGGUGUAGAGACAAUGGAAAUCAUCCCUAUUUUGAAACUAGCGCUAAAGAUGCCACAAACGUUGCUGCAGCAUUUGAAGAAGCUGUUAGGAGGGUUUUAGCCAUAGAGGAUAGAUCCGAUCAACUGAUGCACACAGAUACAGUUAACCUGCAAAGAAAACAUAAGCCAUCUACUGCUUGCUGUUGACUCUUGCAUUUGAAAGUCAAUAACCCUGUAAACCCUUUAUCCCAGCCAUGCAAGCCCAUCAAGUAUGAGUGGGUGGUCAUGCAUGUAGCAUUGUUUGGGUGAACUAAAUGAAGAAUAUCUAAUAUUUAGGUCUGUCAAGAAAUCUAAUCAAAAUAAUUCAGAUUGGUUUGACCUAGACAGAGCUGUUCCAGCUUCUUGCACAAUGAAUGGUAUCAUUUAUUAAAAUCAUGAUUUUUGACUUAGGAUCUAAUAAAAUACUUCACUGAAGUACAA